ACACACACAGCAGCGCUGAUUUCGAGAGAAAGAGCGGAACGCGCUGCCGGGGAGCGCUGAAACCUCCAGGCGGCCCUGAAAGAGUUAAACGGUCUUCUCAUGUACGGAGCGGCUGGUUGGAGGUUAGUUCGGCUGUUGCGGUGCAGAGCUCGCGGACGCGGCGGCGGCGUAUACAGCAGCGCAACAAACCCGGCCAACUUCCCGGCAAAGCUGUCACUUCAACACGACACACCAACCAUGUCGGAGCGAAGGUGGAUCUCUGGAUUUGACAACGCUCAGUCUUACUACUCCUGAGUGCGCGCCUGUGUGUGUGUGUGUGCGUGCGUGCGUGUGUGUGUGUGUAUGUAUGUGUGUGUGAGAGAGAGAGGGCUGCUUUUCUGGUUGUGUGGAUAUCGCCUCCAUGGACGGGCAACGGGGCUUUUACGAGAUGAUGGAGAGCCCGACGGAGAACCCCAGCAAGGCGGCGGAGUAUCUAAAGGAGCUGAAUAAGAUCAUCGAGACGCAGCAGGGGCUGCUGGAGAAGCAAAGGGUCCGGAUUGACGAGCUCGAGCUCCAGGUGACGGAUCUUUGCAAGGAAAACGCAUGCCUGAAAGAUCAGCACCAGCGGCACCUGGCCACCUGCAGACUCCAGCAGAGCAGCCUCCCCACCCUGGGAGCCAUCAAGGAGAAUAUCAUGCAGGAAAAACGACACGCCUCAUUGCCAGUAGAUGUCUCAGAGAUCCCUCUAAACCUUAUUGCGCCUGUGUGUAGAAGAAGUUACCCCUGUCGCAAAUGGAAGUCUGCAUCUUUUGGGGAUGAUGCAUGUUCUUUGACAGCUAACAGGAUCAUUUCUUGUUCCACACAUCAGGACGUUGUAUGUUCUUUCGGACCAGACACGGAGGAUCCCAGCCCGGCCAUGACUCACAGACGACACCAUCACUUUGUGGAAGGUGAUGCUCCAGGCAUCGAAGUGGGCGCCUCUGUGGACCCCAGCAGCGGCUACAGUUGCGUUCCAGUGACCCACAGUGGCGGGCUCGGCCCCGACCACCUGGACAGCCAGCUCUACGGACACAUCUUCCUGCCAGGCCACCAGCGGCCCCGCCGACCCAAGCUCCAGCACUCUCAGUCCAUCCUCCGCAAGCAGGCCGAGGAGGAGGCCAUCAAACGCUCCCGCUCGCUCUCUGAGAGCUAUGAGCUCUCAUCAGACCUACAGGACAAGCAGGUUGAGAUGCUAGAGCGUAAAUAUGGUGGGCGUUUCAUAACCCGGCAUGCAGCCCGCACCAUCCAGACAGCCUUCCGCCAGUACCAGAUGAACAAGAACUUUGAGCGUCUUAGGAGUUCUAUGUCUGAGAACCGUAUGUCCAGACGGAUCGUCCUAUCCAAUAUGAGAAUGCAGUUUUCCUUCGAAGGACCUGAAAAAGUCCACAGCUCCUACUUCGAGGGAAAGCAGGUCUCACUUACAGAUGACGGCGCCAAGAUUGGUGCACUGAUGCAGUCAGAGCACGGGGGGGAGAUGGGCAUGCAGGCCAAGACGCCCACAGCACAGAGCGACUUUACAGACGCUAUCACUGAACUAGAAGAUGCCUUCUCGAGGCAGGUCAAAUCUCUGGCUGAGUCCAUAGAUGAUGCUCUAAACUGUCGCAGUCUGCAUGGUGAUGAAAACCAGUUGGAGCAAGGGAGAAGCCUCCAGGAUAUGGACAGGGAGGUCAGCUGUCAGGUGAAACCCUCCCACAGUGCGGCAGAACAUCGCAAGCUGGACGAGAUGACGGCGUCUUACAGCGAUGUCACUCUUUACAUCGACGAAGAAGAACUGUCUCCUCCUCUGCCCCUGUCUCAGUCUGUAGACCGGCCAUCCAGCACGGAAUCAGACUUGCGCCAGCGUUCCCUCAACUCCUCCCAGGACUACUGGUCUCUGGCUCACAAGGAUGAGAAAGGGGACACGGACACCAGCUGCCGCAGUACACCCUCGCUGGAGUGCCAAGAGCAGCGUUUACGGGUAGACCACCUACCCCUUCUCACCAUCGAGCCUCCGAGCGACAGCUCAGUGGAGCUGAGUGAUCGUUCCGACCGCAGCUCUUUGAAGAGACAGAACGCCUACGAGCGGAGCCUCACCAACCAACAGAGCAGCCCCAAACACAUCAGCCACGGCCUGCCGCCCAGAGGACCUUCCAGGGAGGAGGACGCAGGCCGCCAUCGACCACGUCAACUGGAGGCCCACCUGGCCAUCAACGGCACUGCGAACCGGCAAAGCAAGUCGGAGUCGGACUUCUCCGACGGUGACAACGACAGCAUCAACAGCACAUCCAACUCCAACGACACCAUCAACUGCAGCUCCGAGUCCUCGUCCAGAGACAGCCUGAGGGAGCAGACACUCAGCAAGCAGACGUACCACAAAGAGACCCGCAACAGCUGGGACUCACCCGCAUUCAGCAACGACAUAAUCCGCAAGAGGCACUACCGCAUCGGUCUCAACCUCUUCAACAAGAAACCAGAAAAAGGCAUCCAAUAUCUGAUAGAGCGAAACUUUGUUCCAGACACUCCAGUGGGUGUGGCACACUUCCUGCUUCAGAGGAAAGGCUUGAGUAGGCAGAUGAUUGGAGAGUUCCUGGGUAACAGGCAGAAACAGUUCAACCGGGAUGUCCUCGACUGUGUGGUCGAUGAAAUGGACUUUUCAAGUAUGGAGCUUGACGAAGCACUCAGGAAGUUUCAAGCACACAUCCGAGUUCAGGGAGAAGCUCAGAAGGUUGAACGUUUGAUCGAGGCCUACAGCCAACGCUACUGCAUCUGCAACCCUGGUGUGGUGCGACAGUUCAGGAACCCUGACACCAUCUUCAUCCUGGCCUUCGCCAUCAUCCUUCUCAACACGGACAUGUACAGUCCCAACGUCAAGCCUGAGAGGAAGAUGAAGUUGGAGGACUUUGUUAAGAACCUUCGAGGAGUGGAUGAUGGGGAAGACAUCCCCCGAGAGAUGUUGGUCGGGAUAUAUGAGAGGAUUCGCAAGCGGGAGCUCAAGACUAAUGAAGACCAUGUGUCCCAGGUUCAGAAAGUGGAAAAACUCAUUGUUGGAAAAAAGCCGAUUGGCUCGUUACACCACGGUCUGGGAUGUGUAUUGUCCCUCCCCCAUCGGAGACUCGUGUGUUACUGCAGACUCUUUGAAGUGCCCGACCCCAACAAACCACAGAAGUUGGGCCUGCACCAAAGAGAGAUCUUCCUCUUUAACGACCUGCUAGUGGUUACUAAAAUUUUCCAAAAGAAGAAGAACUCUGUGACAUACAGCUUUCGUCAAUCCUUCUCCCUCUAUGGAAUGCAAGUGCUGCUCUUUGAGAAUCAGUAUUAUCCCAAUGGAGUCCGUCUGACCUCGGCCAUUCCUGGAGCUGACAUCAAAGUCCUCAUCAACUUCAAUGCACCCAAUCCUCAGGACCGCAAAAAGUUCACCGACGACUUGCGAGAGUCUAUUGCUGAAGUCCAAGAAAUGGAGAAGUACAGGAUAGAAUCUGAAUUAGAAAAACAGAAGGGGGUGGUGAGGCCCAGCAUGUCCCAGUGUUCCGGGUUGAAGAAGGAUACAGGUAAUGGGAACCUGAGCCGAGGAAGCCUUGACGACAGCUACGCCAUUGGUGAAGGUUUGAAGAGGAGUGCCCUCAGCAGCUCUCUCCGUGACCUCUCAGAUGCAGGCAAGCGUGGGAGACGCAGCAGUGCAGGAUCACUAGACAGCAAUAUGGAAGGGUCCAUCAUUAGCAGUCCUCACAUUCGGCGGAGAACUCCUUCCAGCCGAGACUGCCCAUCCCGCCACAGCGGCCAGUCCCUUCCCAAUUCCUCCUCUCUGCUCGGAUCUCUGUUCGGCACCAGACGGGCGAAGUCCCCCAGCCCCACCCCGCAGCCAGUGCACCCCACCCUCAUCUCCCACACCCCUCACCCCGCCAACUUGCACCACACAGCCCGGUCGGAGACAGACACGCCGGUCCCCAUGCACCCGCACCACGCCCAGUUCUGCCACGUCACCCAGAACCCCCCGCCUUACCACCACCACCACCACUACCACCCGCCGGCCCACCUGCAGCACCCUCCGCACCAGUACCACCCGACCCCCUCGCACGGCCAGCAGCCGCCCUUCCUGCCGCACGCGCAGCACGGCCACAGUGGCCACCCGGCACACCCCUCCUCCCACGCUGCUCACGGCGCCCACCACCAUGGCCCGCCGCCAGCGCCCUCCCAGGCACCGAGCAGCACCAAGCCCAAGCACAGCGGCAUCAGCACGGUGGUCUGAGACACACAGGGGCUCUCUUUUCUGCUCUCUGACUGAACUUUGAUUUUACCCUGAGGCUCUCGGCUGAUGAUGGGCUGGGUAUGUGAAGCCAGAAGAGAUCCUGUGCCUCCUUUUAAGCAUAUUUUCUUUACACCCAUGACAUGGGCAGAAUAUUCAAUAGAGACACUUUUCCUUUUCCAGUUGCUUCUUUCAUUUGAUUUCAAGUCACACUUCAUCGUCUGCUUGCUUUAACAGCAACGGACGCCGACAUAAGAGCAUGCACAAAGACCACAACUACUGUUUCUCCUCCACAAAUUAAAGAAAUAUGAUCAAAUAUCUCGCUUACAAGUAUUUUACAGAAGACGUAAACAGUAAUCUUGACUUAAAUGUCUGCAAAGUGAAUUCAUCUAGUGCAAGGGUAGCUGGACAGACAGAUAGACGGACAGUCAUCCUCAGCAGUAGCUGUACGAGUAUUUAAUGUAGCGGUAGCUCACAGUGCACUGUGAUAUCUCUGUUAGCAGUGAUCAAUGUGCCAAUUUACUAAUUUAGUCACAAAAAAAUGCUUUAUGUAUAUUGUGCAUAGUAUUUUGUAACAAAUAAUAUCAACAGUUAUUAUUCUAAUUAUAAUUACUACAGAACAAAUGACAUCAUUCAAUCUCUCAGUAUUAUACUCGCACAUAGGGGGCGUAGUUUCACUGUUAAGAAAACAAUCAGAGCUUUUACUAGUUAGUUCAUUCAGUGAGCUGGAGCACUAUCUAUUGCCUUGAGUUAGAGCUCUUUUAAUGGAGUUGAAGGCUGAUGCAGACUCACACAGCAGCCCUGACACAGUCUCCUCCAGUGACUGCACUCUUCUUCGGUCCAGAGUGGUCUCUGAGGAAGGAAGCCACAACGAGCCGCUGAACAAACAGAUCUAUCUAAACGUCCACCCUGCAGUACUGGCUGCCUGUCUGACAUCAUUUUAUUUUUUUAAACUAUUUUUUUAGAGUCCAAUAAAACUAUGAAAAUGCUCUAUAUGUUUUUACAGCAAACCUGGUAGGAUUCUUUGAUUCUGUUCUGCAGAAGGAGGAGAUGGGGAUGUUUUUGUGUGUGUGUGUGUGUGUUUGUGUGUGUAGCAGGGAAACAGCAACAUGACUGUAACAGUGUGUCUCCUGAGGUGGAAGCUCUCAGCUGGCUGAGUUGUGACCUCUGUGUCCCUCUUGGGGUUUUAUUGCGCGUCUCUCAAGCGGCAUGCCUGUUGUGCGGUGCUGUUUACUCCCUCCGUCUGACUCUUUUUUUUUUUUUUUUUUCCUCUGAGCCACACGAACGACACAGUACAAAAAUCAAUAAUUAUCAUUCUGUGAUGGUGACAGCUCUCUUAUGCCUCACUCACCACAAAUGGCAGUUUUAUAUCAAGCAUUUUUCUGACAUAUUUAUGGGAUGGCUGGUUAUACCUCAGGGCCAUCCUGAUUACAGUAUCUAGUGUGUGUGUGCUGAGCGGUGGCAGGGGGGGGGCUGCUGUGCUGGAGCGUAUUUUAUAUUGAAAGCGAUAGACGCGGCACUUGUUCUAUUUAGUUAAUAUCAAUGGCAGAAGUUAGUCUGUAUCUGCUAAAGACUAUGAGAUGGAUUUUUUUAACUUGUAUGUGCAAUAUGUAUUUACUUUUUUUUCUUUUGUCUCAGAACGGCUGCAAUCCGUGGCUGUUCUUAUUUGCUAGUUCAGUUAGUUUUGUCUUUUUCACCCUUUGUCCUUCGUCAUUUCUUCCUCAGUGUUUCAGUAAAGUAUCCACGUGGAUUUGGAGGGACUGCAUCUUUCUAAUUGAUAAAGAACGAUCGAAGAAAAAUACUAGCAUGUAACGAUGUAUUUGAGGCUAUUUUCUAACUGUUGUGUAUCCCAAAAAGCUAUAUCAGUGUUGAAGAAGAUAUUUGUUGAGAAUGAUUUAUUUGUACAACAAAAAAAAAAAAAAAGUUUUGAAUUGUUCCGACCCCCCAAAAACACAGUGCAUCAAUCGUUCGAAUCUCGAAGUAAUCACAGUGGUGAGAUGAAUUCUUAGAGCAGGCGUAAUGAAAGUUGCUCUCAAAUCUGAGUGAUAAUAGACAGGCAGCUAUAAGUGUAAUAAAUGGAACUCUUUUAUCACCUUAUUUAUCACCUCUACCUGGCAGUACAUUACUCUUUGCAAGUCAGUGUCAAGUAGAUCGCUGUUUUUCUCUCUGCAAAUUUAAUAAGGCACUCUUUUUAAAUGGUUUAUAAGCUUUAAUGAGAAUAGUUUACUUACAUUGGAGUUGGUUAACGUUAGUUUAAUUCAUGUUCAUCAGGUCGUUAAUUAAUCCUUAUGAGCAAUAAGAGUAACUUUUUGGUUGCCAUGUGCACAUAUUCCCUUUCCAACAAAUAAAAUCCACUGAGAAAAGACAAAAAGGUGCUGUUUCUCCCAGCACAUUUUGUAUAUUUCUUGAUGCUGGAUGUCUUAUAGCCAUCCUUUUUUUAAACUAGAAUUUACUAAAAAAAAUGAACAGUCCUCAGCAUGUGGGUAGCCUACCACCUCUAAGUGUAGAAACCACAGUAGGAGGUAGAUAAAGACAUGAAGAAGAAACCAAAAUAACUCUAAUGAUCUGAAAUAUACAUUCUUUAUCAUCUUAAAAUCAUACGUUAAGUAAAAGAAGUUUUUAAAACCUAUAAACCCUCUAUGAAGUGUGCCUUAUUACAAUGGUACUGUUUCUUUUUUAUAUAUAUAUAUAUCUGCCAUAAAUACAGCGUUUCAAGCAUUUCAAUCCAGUGUAGUUUCAUUUCUGUGGAAUCAGAAAAGUGCCAAUAUUGCGUGGUCAUUACAUCGUAAAUCAGAUUUACACCAAGUCCAUCGGGGGACCAAAUUGAAUUGACCCGCUACAAAUCCGCAGUAGACCGCUCACAACGUCUGUUUUAAGACAAAUGUCUGAUAAUAAACUUAUAUUAUUUGCAGAAUAAUGACACAGACAGACUAGAAUAAACGUAGCUCUACACAAUGAUGCCGGUCCUUUGAGUUAUACUAAACCAGUGUGUUUUCAGCCUCGACCCUCCAGUUCCUUCAGAUGACUGAUGUAUUGUAAAAAAAAAAAACCUGUCCAGAUUCCAUGUGAGGUUCUUUGUUGCAUGCCAUUAAUGCCUACCGUUUCUUUUUGUAUGUCUCCUCUUUUUUCGUUUUUGUCUUUUUAUGUGUGGUUCUGUUGGGCAGCAGGCUCGACUGGACCCCUCAACUUUCAAUGUAGCUUUGAUUUCUCUGACUGAUGCUUGUUUACAUUUAGAUGAUUUCUGGCCUACUAUAGUAUUUUUUUCAUUGAAAGUUAUCCUCUGGCAUGCAUUUUCCCUUUUUUUCCCCACUGUACAGUAUAAAGACAAAGCAGUAUACUGCGGAGUGUAAAUACAAAACUCCACCUGGAGAAAAUCUAAUGUAACUCAAGGAAGCGGGUUUGAAAGGGAGGACACAUGAAGAGGGUGGGCCGAUAGUAACGAAUGAGAACAUGUAAAUAAUCUGUAAAUUAUUAUUAAUAUAAUUAUUAUUAUUAUUACUACUCAAUGUCUGCAGUUGCAUUGAAGCUGCAUUCCUGCUCCCUCUGAUAUCGACAUAAUCAUCGACUGCUUCUCUCUGCCUCCAACAGGACUGAAUUAUCAUAGGAUCUAGAGAUGAACAGCUAACUGUUACACAGUCAACACAACUUCUGACUUAUUUCCUGAGAAUCUCCUGUUCCGUCACACUCACAGCCCACUUUUUGAAGUCGAAGCGAAGGGAGGAGUGCUCUUAUUUUGUUAUGCAUUCUGUUUCUAAGUAGACAAAACCCCAUUGAUGUAAAACUAGUACUGUGACGAUGUUGAGAACGCAAAAUAAAGCGAUAUAUACUGUUAAA